AGAGCGAGCGCUAGAAGCCCCUUUCACGUAAAUGCCCGCGGGGCGAAGGCGUGGUGAGCGUGGAUGAAUGCAAGCGUGCACGAAUACUGGAGAAGGCUACGAAUAGUGGACAGCGAUACAGCUCACCGACUCUCUCCUCUGCUGAAAACGAAAGAGGCAUGCAUUGAAUGGGGUUCCAAUAUGCCAGGGGAGACCUAUUUUAGAAUCAAGAAACCAACCAGCUGAAAUACAAGGAAACGCCCAAACCGAAGAUGACGGAGGGGAGACUCUGCCAGGUGCAUCUCCUUGACGACAGGAAACUCGAGCUGCUGGUUCAGCCCAAGCUGUUGUCCCGUGAACUGCUAGACCUGGUGUCCUCCCAUUUUAACCUCAAAGAGAAGGAAUACUUCGGACUAACGUUUGCUGAUGACAGUGGUCAGUGUAAAUACUUGCAGUUGGACCGGAGAGUUCUGGAACAUGACUUCUCUAAGAAGGCUACUGGACCUAUCGCCCUCAACUUCCUGGUCAGGUUUUACAUCGAGAGUAUAACACUGCUGAAAGACAACACGACGGUGGAAUUAUUCUUCCUGAAUGCGAAAGCUGCCGUCUACAAUGGGGAUAUAGAGGUGGAAAGUGAGAAUGUCUUCAAAUUAGCAGCAAACGCCUUGCAGGAAGCAAAGGGGGAUUUCUCAAGUGAUGAAACCACCAGAACGGAACUGAAGAAGCUUCCAACUCUUCCCAACAAGGUGCUAAAGGAGCACCCAUCACUUACAUACUGUGAGGAUCGAGUGAUAGAGCAUUACAAACAGCUGAAAGGAGUCUCCAGAGGACAGGCCAUAGUGAAGUAUUUGACCCUAGUGGAAUCCCUACCCACCUAUGGUGUCCAUUAUUAUGAAGUAAAGGACAAGCAAGGCAUCCCAUGGUGGCUUGGGAUCAGCUACAAAGGAAUUGGCCAGUAUGAUUUGCAGGACAAAUUGAAACCACGGAAGCUGUACCAGUGGAAGCAACUGGAGAACUUGUAUUUUCGGGAGAAGAAAUUUGCUGUUGAGGUGAAUGACCCUCACAGGCGGGCAGUGACGAAGCGUACAUUUGGCCAGACUGGCUUAGUCAUCCACACAUGGUACGCCAGCCACUCGUUGAUCAAAACCAUCUGGGUCAUGGCCAUCAGUCAGCAUCAGUUUUACUUGGACAGAAAGCAAAGCAAGGGUAAAAUAAGUGCAGCGAAAAGUUUGGGUGAUAUUGCCAUGGAUUUAACAGAACAUGGAGGAGGAACCAAGAUAUCCAGACUGGGAGAUAACCUAAAGCACAACCUUAUUAUGGCUAGCACUGGCAGCCUGGCGUCAACAGGGUCUGCAGAUUCAGCAGUGGACGAGGAGCAGAAAAAGGAGAAGAUCUCUGAGCUAAAGAAGAAGGAACAAGAGAUCCAAGAUGUCUUGACCCAGAAAACAAAGGAGCUGAAGAAAAUCUGCUUGAGAGAGGCGGAGCUCACGGGCAAACUGCCCAAAGAGUAUCCCCUGUCUGCAGGAGAGAGACCUCCUCAGGUCAGACGGCGAGUUGGCACAGCCUUCAAACUGGAUGACCUCUUCCCAUACAACGAGGACCCUUAUCUGAGGAACCUGGAGAGCAGGUUUGCUCUGCAGCGGAAGAUCGUGGAAGCAGCUAAGAAACUGGCCUCGGAGACAGAGAUCUGUAAGACGGUGAAGAGGAAGAGGAGGAGGAACUGUCAGGACGCCAUGAGGAAACUGCAGCAGGUCGAGGAUGAGAUGAACAAGUACAGAAUCAAGAAAGGCAAGAAGCCUACCCAAAGAGCCUCUGUGAUUAUCGCAGAUGAGCUUCUCCGUUCAGAGACGAGCUCGCUGUCAGACAGUCAGAUUCUGGAUGAUGAUGACUCGGGUGGUGCUCUGAGGCCCCGGUCACGGUCGGUCCAGUGCUCCCCUCAGGUCAGCCCUGCACGUUCCCUGGAUCACCACCACAACAAGAGUCUCAGCAGGUUAGCAGCGUUAGACGGCCAGGAUGCUUCACAUCAUUUUCACCCCAGAGAGGUGUCAUCUGCACACAGCAGCCCCGCCAUAACGUUACCCAGAUCUCCACGGGACCCACGCAGCAUGCCCUCCACCCCUGUUAUGACCCGCAACGCCUACAGCAGCAGCCAUCUCAGGUCGGAUGGGAACUCCCAGUCCUUCAGGCACCGCAGUGGCAGUCUGGAGUCCCAGCAACGGAUACUAAAGGACACCGACUCAGAGAAGCCAGUCUUCACCCUGUCCCCUGCCCGCAGGAGCAACAGCACAGAGGCCCUGGAGGACUGCUCCUCCUUCACCAGUCAGUCCAGCCUGGACUACCCAGGCAACCCCCACUACUGCACCUUGGAUUCUCGAACCCGCAACCAUCAGCUGCACAGGAGGGUGGAGGUCUAUGGAAACACAGGCAGUAUGCCUAAUCUGGUCCAGAAUCAUAUUGGCUGUAGUUAUUUGUAUGAGCCCCCAGCGCACUAUGCACCGACUGCUUACUACGUGGCAGGUUACCCCUGUCCAGACAUGGAGCCCUACUCCAACGGUGCUUACGUGUAUGAGAACGAGAUGGAGGGCCACUACAAUGUCAACCCUUCCUACCAAGUCCACAAUUAUCACAGACACGAGCGCUACAGGACCUAUAGUAGUGAUCGAGCGGACAGCCUUGCUCAGAACCCAUACGCCACCAUGAGAUUGCCUCGGACCAGACAGGGGCCCCGCAAUGAGCCCUUGCAGAAGAACAUGCAGAAGGCUCUGGUGGCUGAGCACCUGAGAGGCUGGUACCACCGCAGCGGUGGCCACAGAGAGGCAGGCAGGGGUCUGGCUGGGUAUGACUAUGACAACGGCUCUCAGCUCAGCCUGGGAUACCAGACCAUGCCAGCCCCCUUCAGCCACUCCAGCCGAACCACCUCCUACUCCUCAGUUUCCUCAUCAACCAGCACAGGAAACUGGCGCAGCCAGUUGGCUGUGGGUGUAACAGACUAUGAGAACAUGACAGAGUCACCACAGAACCCUCACCCAGGAGCCCAUGGCAAUUACAACCGCAGUCCCACCCAUACCAGAUUUCCCCCAGAAUGCAAUGUGUUGAAGAGGUCUGAUACAAUGCCAGUGGAGUCAGUAGAGGUGUUUGGUGCUGUGACCAAUAGCACUGAGGAAGACCAUUAGGCAACUAUUCAAACACAGAAGGAAGAGUAUACAUGGAUGGAAAUUAUAUGGGCAUGCACUGAAGAUAAGAGGACCAAAAGAAUCACUGGCACAAUGACCCCAACAUUGGAGGCACGGUUCUCUGGAAGGAUACCAACUAACCUCUGGACAUGCUGCAUUAUGACACUCUUGAAUGACUCUCCCAUGUGCCUUGGAUUAGAUGGAGAUGGAUAUUAUUCAGGAAGACAUGGGAUGUGGUGAUGGCACAAAUGCAAGGUUUUGGUGAUCUGGGAAACCAGCUUCAUCGUGAAUAUUGUGAAGGAUCUACAAACAGCAUUUCAAACCCCGGGAUACCUUUGACCCAAAUAUAUUACCCUAUUGUAUUAUGACAAAAAUAAGUCUUUUAAAAAAAGUUAUCAUUGUCUUUAUGAUAAUCAGUAAACUGUGUGUUGGGAGUGUAUGGAUAAGGAGUUUAAGCAGGAUACCUCCAAAGUGUUGUGCCAUACAGUACACACAGAGGACUAUUUAGUGAGCUACUCAUUAUACAUGUUGUAAAUCAACCUGAAUAUCUUUGUAAAACAUUUAGGUAUACAUUUUGGAGUUACUAUUCACAAAGUGUGAUAACAAAAUAAUAAACCAACCCUUCCUGACUGCGGUUUGUCAGUCAAUGGACUGAUGCGCUCUCUCCUCUCCCAAGUAUGAAUCUGAAUGUACAUGUUGAUAUUGUUUAAAGAUGAUUCAUAUUUUCCUUUUUGUGAUCGUGUUAAUGUGGUGUAUAUUGCUUGCAUGUGAACAUAAACUUUUGAUAAGCAGCUUUUUUGUAUAUUGUAAAAAGAUAUGCCUUAAAAUAAUGUUUCUUUAUUGUUUUCGUUAUUGUCUUUCUCUACACAUUUGUACAUUGUCCACAUAUUGUUAGGCUUUGUCAUCUCCUACUCUAAGUGAAAUAUUUCCCAUUUGGAUUUGGGACAUCAAUAAAAAACCAGUGUGAGCCACACAGCAUGUGGUGU